AUGACAUCCGACCUCAUGAGCCAUUAUAUUUAUAAAAUUAAUUCAAAUGUGUUACCACAAAUUUUUGUCUUGCGCAUAGUCAUUUUGUUUAGAUUUAUAAUUAAUAAUGGACCAACAAUUCUUUCUCUACCAAAUGAAAUUAAUGAAGAAGACGAUGAUCAAGUUGUAGCGUUUGUUGUCGCAGAUACAGAAAUUCAAGUCAAUUUAUAUCCAACUGACAAUGAUGCACCUACAGUGCCUGGUUCAAAUAUUCAAGUGUUGGUUACACAAACAGAAUAUAAUCCAUCCACUACUUCUACUGUUUUUAGUAGUAGUUCAGCAAUAUCAACCACAUCUAAUCACUCUCCUGUUAGACAAUUAUCACAAACUGUUCCAUUCGAUGCCAAUUUAAGUCUUUCCGAAGCGAUUGAACGUUUUCAUUUAGAUUUUAUGAGUUUCUAUGAACGUUUACGUACACUCGGCUCAUCUAUACCACAUACUACAACUAUUAUAUCGUAUCCAAUAACACCAACAGUGGGACUAUCAAACUCUACCAAACCUCAAAUAUCUGAUCGUGUAACCAAAACUACAGAAGAUAUUAAUCAUAAAAUUAUUGUCAAUUCUCAUAAUUCUGCUAAACAUUAUCUGGAACGUGUUGCACAACGCGCUCGUAAUGUAAUUUGGUCAGCUGCUUGUGAAUGGAGAUCAUUGAGACAUAGUGUAGCGUAUACAUUGAUUGGGUCCGAACGUACUUUAAGGUUACGUGGUUGUCACGAGCAUUUCUUUAAUGGUGGCUUGGCAGAACGACGAAUUCAUGGACUUGGACAUUUGUUAAGAGCUUCAUUCGCAGCACAUUCUCGUCAUGCUGUUGUUUCACGUGGCUGUUCAUUGUCAUGCAAUGCAAAUGAUUGUAAGACAUCAGGACAUCGAUAUUGUUGGUCACAAUUAAAAACUCACCCUAUUUAUUGGUGGUGGUGGUCUUAUUGUGUUCCAUUUGAUGUUGUACCAAAAUCACAACUAAAAGAUAUUCCAAACAGUUGUCGUUUGAAUAAUCCACCAACUAUAUUGGACGUAGCUGAAUCAGCUGUAUGUGUUGCAGCAACAGAAGAUGCUCGUUUCCUGUGGCGUUUAUUACUUCCACCAUUGGAAAAUUACGCCAUUGGUAAUCCUAGCAUAUCAGCUGGUGAUUCUUCUUCACAACAACAAAUAAGUCAACAUAAUUCAAUGUCUUCUAUGUCUAAAAUGCAUUGUUCUUCACAUUCUUUAUCUGUGAACAGUCAGUCCACUACUAGUCUUCUUUGGGAUGUGGAUAUCACAUCGUUGUUUAUCAGCCUGUUACAUUUACGUCCAGGUCUUGAAGAAUUCAGUGUGCAUGAUUGUCAAUGUACACGUUUAGCCAGUGAAGCUGAUGCUGAUAUCACAUUUGAAUCUGGUGCAGCUUCAUUGGGUGCUCAUUUAUUGGCUUGUGAUGAAGGAAGAAUACGUCAACCAAUUGGUGAUAGUCAUGAAUCACAUUUAUUACGUUUAUGUUAUACAGCAUUGUUAGUACAAACAUUACUAGCAUGGAAUCCUAAUAUGAAUUGUUUAAAUUAUCUAAAAAAGCAUAAGCUUAUACCGGAUUCGUGUACAUGGAAUGAUGCUUAUACAAAAUCAGCUCAUUGGAAUACACCUCAGUUGAUCGAAGUAUGGCGUUUACUACGUGAUCUAUCCGGUCUUUCUACAAUGAAUUCAUCAUUUUCUAUUAAUGAUGAAAAUCAUGAUCCGCAAAUUAUGGCUCAAUCGUUAGGUUUAUUUUUACGUGCUAAUUGUCUACCAUUUCUACGUAUUGCUGCUUUUGUUAUACACAAAAUCACAGGUGUCGAUGUGCCAAGUGAUUUGCAUCAGUCAACCAGUUCAUUAGCAAAUACUAGUUCAGAUACUAUGAAUGAACAUAGUCUACUGUUAGCCUACUUAGGCUUACCAUUAACGCCUAGUGAUUUGUUAAUCUUGUUAACAUCACCUGAAUCCAACUCGUUCAAUGUAUCACCAUCAAACACAACAGCACCAAUAUCAUCGUCAUCAUCAUCGUCGACAAACUCGUUGAAUUUUAUUCAACCUGAGAAAUUAUUGCAUAUUUCUUUGUUAUCCGAAUCAUUAUGGUUAGCACGUUUAAUAACAAGUUGGUGUUUAACUGGUCGUCAGUCAUUAAGUCGCCAAAUUUAUCAAUCAUUAUACAAUCGUUAUGUAAACAACGACAAAACAGACAAUACAUUAUCAAUAAUACAUGAUUUAAUCCCUUAUCCAAAUGCACAUUUACCAAAUUUAAUUCAAUUACCAAAAGAAUACACUAAUUUGCUGUUACUGGCUACAGAUAUGGACUGCCACGCAGAAGGUCAUACACAUAGUGAUUUGAGUUUAUGUCUAGUUUGUGGACAUUUGGCUUGUUUAUUCUGUUAUGGUUGUCGACAAUUUGAACAAAAAACUGAUUCAAGUAUAUUUGGUGGUGGUACAAGUACAACAAUAAUUUCGAACAAUAAUAACAGUAGUAGCAGUAGUAAUAAUAAUAAUAAUCAAGAGUUUGCUGUCUACCGUAUGCAAGCUCAUUCUAGACGUUGUCAUUCCGGCUAUAGUCUCUUACUGCGUAUUCAUUCAUGUCGUGUAAUUUUAUUGUCGGAUCAAGCCAGACGAAUUACUGAGAUGCCUGCACCAUAUCGAGAUUCUUUUGGUGAAACUGAUCCUGAUUUACGCCGUGGAAAUCCUCUAUUUCUUGUGGAAUCUGAAUAUGAACGUAUUAAUCAGUUAUGGAUUAGUCAUCAAUUAGCCUCCAGUACAUCAUCUGAUUUGAUUACACCUUCAAAUUUACAAUUUGGUCUAUAUUAA